GUGGUAAGGCCCUGGUGAAGCCAGUUUCUGCAAAGUGCAAACCCAACCCAGCAAAACACACAUUUCCAGCUGCAUUCCCUAAGCAGACCAUCUCUCUCUCCCUCCCUCCCUCCCUCCCUCACACACACACACAAAUGGCCACUGCGAUUAUGCAGAAAACCCUAAAAUCAAUAAACCCUUUUGUCCUCAGAACCCUAUAUUCUCAUAACCGCCAGCUCAGCGUCUUUGCCGUCGCCGGACAACCCGAAUCGGGCGCCCCAUCUUCGUCUUUCACAUUCUCAGCCGACGGCGUAGAACAAGAAGUUCAGAACAAGAACACAGAAAAUGAUAGCAUUUUCCUCAAGGCACCAAAGACAUCCUCCUCCUCCUCCACUUCGUCAUCAUCAUCGGUAACGAUGCCCAUGUCAUUCAUGACUGGAUCGAUCAUCGGCAAGCGAUUUUACAAGAGAGUGACGACGAGAGAGGCUGAUGAUGGCAAUGGAUGGACUGUCAUGCUUGAUUACAGAACCCUAAAAACCCCUUCCAAGAGGCCCCUCAAGUGCCCCACUUUAGCUCUCGCCAAGGCUAUUGCAGCCGAAUGGGAAUACCAGCAAGCAGAUGGAAUCAGACCCUUCACCAUGCCUUUGAUGAAACUUGCAUCUACUGCAAUAGAAAGAGUUCCGCUCACUCGGCCGAAGACAAUUGAGCAUUUGAUGAUGAAGUUCCAUCAAGAUUUAGUCUUCUGUCGUGAUCCUGGCGAUAGUGACUUGACAACUGGUCUCCUUGAAAGGCAGGUUGAAAAAAUUGAUCCUUUACUUAAUUGGGUUGAAUCAGAAUUUGGUUGUAAGCCUGUUUUAUACUCCAGUUUUUUCGGUGGCAAGCAGGAGGAUGGUCUUGUAAAUGCCAUUGAAAGCCUUCUUAAGAAAACAGAUAACUGUGAAUUGGUGGCAAUCGAUGCAAUUGCUGCUGCAGCACACUCUUUAAUUAUUUCUAUUGCAAUUUUCCGUGGGAGAUUGCAGAUCGAGGAGGCCAUUGAGUUGAUUAGGCUUGAAGAAGAUUUGCAGGUUGACAAGUGGGGUUUGGUUGAAGGUGGUCAUGAUGUUGAUAUUGCUGAUCUUAGGGUACAAAUAUCAUCUGCUGCUGUUUUUCUUGGACUUUCGAGGAGGGCUUGAGAGCUAUCUUUUUUCCUCUGCUUUAGUUUGGUUGUUGUGGUCUCAUAGCAUUUCUUAGCAUGUGAUGGAGAUUUUGUGAUAACUUGUAGUGGCUGAGUAGAUGAGAUUAAUCAAAUGAUCAACUUUAAAAUUGGAUGUACUAAAACCCUUUUGCUCAAUAAUAGAGAGAAUUUGCUGUGCCUGGAGCAGUUAAAACA